GCCCAUGGAGUGUCCCCAUAGCACCAAACCAAUCACCACGACGUCAAAAAUGGAAGGCGUCCAAGAGCGACAACAAAUUGCACCUCUUGUACAAACCAACAAAAAAUACGUCAAAAUGUCCGGGUUCAAGCGUGACUGGAAUGGCAAUGCCAAGAAGGGGGAUGGACCAAAGCCGCCUGCCAAAAAGGUUGUGCAGAAUCAGUUCACACCCAUGUUUGAGACUCUCAGAGAUGAGCUUGACCAGCAUCAUGACCGCCGGGAGCGCAUUAUCAAGGCUUCAAGAGAUAUCACGGCUUUGAGCAAGAAAAUUAUAUUUGCCUUGCAGAGAAUCCGGAAAAUCGACGAGGAAUUGCCAAAAAACAUCCAGGCCGAGAUUGACACACGGCUCGCCGAUAUCUCCAAGCUUCUGGCCACCAUUGCCCCUGAGAUCCAGGGCAUCAAUCGCUACCGAUAUGCUCGAUCCCUGAUGUGUCUGGAAGAGCUUGUGGAGGCGCUUACUUUCUUGCAUUAUCUCAAGACACAGACCCUCAUCACCCCCGAGCAGCUAACACCGAUCAUGGAGGACUUGGUCCGGAAGGGGAUCACACCAUCAGAGGAUGUAGCCAUGACGGAUGCAAGCGAGCCAGCUGCUGCGGCCCCAGAGCAUCCCCAGGAGAAGGAGACACCGAAAGUUAGCCUCACCCAAGAUGACUACCUCUACGGCGUGUUUGAUCUUACGGGUGAGAUGAUGCGUUUUGCCACUACGUCAACAGCACUGACAGGCACAAUGGCUGGGAGCGGAGCUGGGGGUGACGAACAGCCUCGAACCAUUGUCGAGGAUAUGCAUGAGCUGGGUAGCUUUUUUGAGAUGCUUCCCGUUGGGCAAGGCAACAGGUUCCAGUGGGAGAAGAAGCUGGAGGUCACACGGCAGUCUGUUCAAAAGGUUGAACGUCUGGGUUACGACAGGACCAUCAGGGGUAGCGAACGUCCCAAGGGGUGGAUUCCGGAUUUGAGUGGUGGUGAUCAAGCCGAGGAGGAAUAAGUUGUACCUUUCAGAACAUGUCAGGAUUAUGCUGAGUUUCUCAGAUAGAAUUAUGGUCUGUCUUGUGAGAGACAAUGGUUGUAUCCUAAACCUACAGCCCGGAGCUUGUCAACAGUAUUUUCUUGCUGGGACAUGUGGGACAACAGUCCCCUGAAUCAGUCAUCUUGGGAGAAGACUUUCAUUCUAAGCUACCAAGGUUCUAGGAAAGAGAAUACCGGUAAAAUAGUUGACUAAGAAUAACCAAAUUCUCGGGACGUUAAUGUGUAUGUCAUGUUCAUGGUGAU